AUGUUCAGAACAAGAAUCCCGCUUCUCUCCCUCCUCCUCCUCGCAGGGAGCGAAGGGUUCCAGGUAUCUUUCUCCAUGUCGCCCGCAACCUCCAAGUUGCCCUCCUCCUUUGUCACUCCCCUCCUGCCGCCCCUGCAUGACAGGUGGAGGAGCGAGAGGAGAGGCGGGGAGAGGGCAGGAUCGUUGCGCAUGCAGCAAGACGACAGCAAGGUCAGGAGGAUGCGGCUGCUCCGCAUCGCAGAGCUGAGGAGGGAGAUCGCGCUGGACGCCAAGCAGAAGGCGCAGCAGCUGAGGGAGAAGUUCAAGGCAAGAUACGCGAGACUGACAGGAGGUUGA